AUGAACUUCGAUACUCAAUAUAAUAAUAACAGUAAUAUUAAAAAAGAUUAUGCCGACAUCGCUUUCGAUACUGAUGAGGGUUAUGAUUAUGAUCCAAACAAAAUAAUUUAUGAUCAAGAUCCAGGCUUUACAGAGAAAAUGAUGGAAUUAAAAAGAGAAGAUGUUAACGAUCAAAUUACCAAAUAUAGAAUAUUCAAUUAG